AUGAGAUCCAGUGCUGGCAACAUGGAGAAGAUAGUCAUCUGCCUGAUGGUCAUCUUCUUGGGGACAAUAGCCCAUAAGUCAAGCUUCCAAGAGAAGGAUCUCCUCUUGAUUAGAAUGCGUCAACUUAUAGAUAUUGUUGAUCAGCUGCAAAAUUAUGUGAAUUAUUUGGAACCUGAACCUCUGCCAGCUCCAGAAGACGUAAAGAGACACUGCGAACGGUCAGCUUUUUCAUGUUUUCAGAAGGUCCAACUAAAGGCAGCAAAUACAGGAGGCAAUGAACAGAUAAUCAGCAUAUUAACUAAACAGCUGAAGAGGAAACUACCUCCCACAAACGCAGGCAGAAGACAGAAACACAGACCCACAUGCCCCUCAUGUGAUUCUUAUGAGAAAACAUCACCGAAAGAAUUCCUAGAAAGAUUGAAAUCACUUAUCCAAAAGAUGAUUCAUCAGCAUCUCUCCUAG